AUGGAAGUGGAUACUAAAAAGUUCAAAGGCAUCGAUCUUCUUCUGUUUCAAAACGUUAUGAAAGAGAUUCGGUUGCAAACUCAUAGUGCAAACAAGUAUUUGAUCCAGCUUGAAGGAGCACUUGUGGAGCAGGCUGCGUUAUUGGGCAACAGGGAUGCAAUUACAAUGCUCUCUUUCAAAGCCCUAGAUGAUGCCACGGGAGAAUAUACAGAGGAUGAUAAGGAGCAUGCUGCCAUAUUUAUUAACAAGCUUUCGAAGUUGAAGCAUCCUUUAGUGUUUAAGAUGGGUGGAGAUUAUCAUUACAGGAAACAUAAUUUAGCUAAGGCUUUAGAGCUAUACAAAAAGUUUUUGAAGCUAGAUAACAACUCGUUCAUGUCUUCAGAUGUUUAUCGUACCUUAGGUAUGAUUCUUUUUCAGCAGCAGAAGUUGAUGCAAACUAAAGUGCUAAUGGAGAAGUCGAUCAACUUGGCUCCUAUCAAUAAGGUGUCACAGGCUCAUUUUGUUUUAGGAUUAAUCAACGAAAUCGACCCUUUGAAUGCUCGAUAUCAUUUCGAGAUGGCGGCCAGUGAAGGGUUUUUGGAGAGUUUCGUGAAUUUGGGAUUCUUGGAACUCAACUAUUUCAGCAACUUAUACAAAGCCAAAGAAUGGUUCAAGUUGGGAGCCGAACUUGGUGAUUAUAAUUGUAUGAUUGGCUUGUUUGACUGUUAUAUAAAGGAGGAAAACUGGAAAAAUGCCAGGAUAACCUACACUAAGACCAAGAAGUUUCUUAAGGACAGCAAAGUUGCGGUGAAUUUGGAUGAUAUUAGGGUACAGUCAGUAGAAUUGAUGAACACCAGUCUUGGGCCUGCUGUCUUUAACGAGCAAUACCCAAACAAGUUGCCUGGUUCGAAACAUAAAUCAAAGUGGGACUUGUAG